UCGCGCAGAUGGCUGACGCACUGAGACCGGCCGAGACUGCGUCGUUCCUCCUGAAAUGCGCCCCCUUGGUCGUCCUAGUGCUGUUUGCGGGGCCCCAGACGUCACCCAACAACUUCCCACAAGUGCCAAGAGGUCCCUACUGGACACUGCUCAAUGCCGCUGAACUAGUUCUCCUCUUGGUCUCCGCUGGACUCUCCAUCACCAAAGGCUCAUACGCUUUUCAGAAUGUUGAGCUGGUGGACUACCUCAGCUUAUCGACGUUGCGAGAAGCAACUUCAAAUUUCGCCAUGGCAAUAUCACUUGCACUCUUGACGCUCCUGGUGUGGCGGCGUUGGAGACAGUGCCUUCCACCUUCAGGGUUUGCAGGUGCACUCCUUGGCCUGCUGUUCACGGCUUGCGUACUGGAUGUCUUCUGCCAGUGCACCGCCGUUGUACAGUUGCAGGGCAUAACGCUGUCGGCUAGUCAGCUCGACAAGACGUCCUUCAUCGUGAGCCUCGUCGUGCUGGCCACCGUCAUGGGAAACUUCGUGGUGUCCGAAAUUCAAGACUUGGUCAUCAAGAAACCAAAUAAAUUUGUGAAUUUGAUAGACGAAGACACCUCGUCACUGCUUGCUCGGCAAUCAUGUUCGGUCCUCUUUCCGUAA